GUGAGAGGGGAGUAGGAGGAAAAUAGCAUCCUUUGGUUCACACAGAGGAGAUAAAGCAGACGGUGGGACCAGAAGGAAGUGGAGAAAAGGACUGAUGGUUUUGUUACAGAGACAGACAGGACACUCGGAGACAGAAGGAGGGAUAGAUAGAGGGUUUAUAAUUUCUCACCUGGGCCUUUGAAAAGACAGCGUGUGAGUGUGUGUUAAUGUGUGUUUUAGUGGGUGAUCAGCUGUUUGGAAUACACACACGUUGAAGGGUGGAGCCAUGAUGGGCAAGGAUUACAUGUUGGCGAUCAUCAUUGUCAACUAUGACGACAACAUCUGGACAGACCAGAACCUGCUCAUGGACCCAGACCUUCCCACUGGCUGGAGAACCAUCAAAGACUCGACUGGAACUUACUAUUGGCACGUUCCUACAGGAGCGACCCAGUGGCAGCAUCCGAAACUCGGCGCCGCGCAACAUCAGCUGGAGGCAAAGCAGGAGGACGCUGGAGAUCAAACUCCGAUCAAGCAAACUGACAGCGUUCCGCAGGGAAGGACUUCCUGGCAUGAUGAAUAUCUCAGUAGCCAAGAUCGUGACUCCAAGUGCUUUGCAGUGCGUUCUCUGGGGUGGCUGCAGGUGGAAGAGGAGGAUCUGUCCCCAGGUCGCAGUAGUCUUGCUGUCAGUAACGUCAUCCAGCAGUUGUCUCACAGCAACAGCCCCGAGCAGAGAGACAGGUUGGGGGCAUGGGGGGAGGGUCGAGAGAUGAUGAUGGUUUUGAAGAAAGACACCUUGUCACUGUUGGACCCGUUAGACCACACCCCGCUCCACUCUCAACCCAUCAUUAACAUUCGGGUUUGGGGUGUCGGUUGCAAUAAUGGCAGGGACUUUGCCUUCGUGGCGGGCGACAAAGACAGCUGCAUGUUGAAGUGCCACGUGUUCCGCUGCGACGCUCCAGCCAAGACCAUCGCCUCUGCACUGCACGAGAUGUGCUCCAAGAUGAUGUCAGAGAAGUCGCUCGUACGGCCAUCUCGCUCGCUCACCAUGGAAAGUAUCUCCCCUGAGGACCUUCCUAGACAAGUGGAGUUUCUGGAAGCAGUGCGAAAGCAGGUCCAAAAGUUUGAGGUGCAAUACAUCGGAAACCUACCAGUGUCUCGAGCAAUGGGCAUGGAGGUGUUGAACAGAGCCAUCGAAAGCAUCAUGAACUCAACAGACAAAGACGACUGGGAGCAGACAGUCAUCCAUGUCACUGAUAAUGUUCUGUCUCUGUGGAGGGGUGAGGACGGCGACGAGCCUCUCUGGGAGUGCCAGGUGCGAUUCCUGACCUUCCUGGGAGUGGGACAUGACAGCCACACCUUUGCUGUGAUCGUGGAUAGCGGCACUCAGCGAUUUGAAUGCCACGUGUUUUGGUGUGAACCUGAUGCUGGAUUCCUCUCCGAGGCUGUGCAGGCUGCGUGUAUGGUUCAGUAUCAGAAGUGCUUGGUCGCUCAGACUCCUCCUCCAAGGUCCAAGCUAUGGCACGGGUCCUCAUCAAAGGUCAAAAGGGCCAACUCCAUGGAUGGUGCUGCCUUUCCGCCUCUAACAUCUCACCACCAUGGCAACAGUGGUGCCUCCGUGAUGCCCCGGAUAUCCAAAGGGAACAACAGCGGCGUCAGGAAGGGGAUGCUGGCUUUCUUUGAAACCUUCCGUAACAAGCAGACCGCCACUUCCUAAUGAUGGUGGCAGGGCCAUCAGUCUGUGUCUGGUUUGAACACUGGUGGUGAAGCGCUGAUGGCCCAACCUCCGCCCUCAACCGACUUCACCUCAUCAGCAAUGCACAAGACAAGACAACCUCAAAUCUAGGGUCUGGUGAAAUAUCACUCUGUUCAGUCAAGCUGGUGGUCAGAAUCAGAGUUCCGAUUCGAACCUGAGAAAACAUCAUAUCUAAUAAGUAGUUUGAGGGGAGAAGGUUUAGUCCAUAUAUAUGUAUAUAUAUAUAUAUAUAUAUAUAUAUAUAUAUAUAUACACACACACACACACACACACACACACACACACAAUAAACAUGACGCUCUAGCACCGCCCAGUGGCUGCAGAGCACACAACAACUAGAAUGUAUCUUGAUGAAAUAAAGGCCGGUGGAAACCAUAGUAAAGAUUUAGUCUAGUAGGUAUGAGAUGCUUUAACUAGCUGCAUGUCAUGACACUGAAAUGCUGCAUUUUUAUUUUAUUUUUUAACCAAUGAGCUCUUUACGUCUCCUUCCCUUCCCUCCUUCGUUAUUUUACUUUAAUUUUUAAUUCCCAUGAUAAACUUUACCUUGUUCUCCUAUUUAUCUCUGACAUUACGUACUAUAAUGAGGAGUUAUUGUCUUGGAGGAAUCAGAUAUUGUCUGUAGCAGCCCGAUGAACUCCCAAUUUUUCCUCUUUGAAUAUAUCUGUCUCCAUCCAACCCUCCACACCAUGCUACUGCUUAUACUCAACAGACACGCUUAGAAACCUUGAACUGACCGUCCCCUCGCUUUCCUCCAGUUGAUGUCAUUUCCUCCUCUAUCGUCAAAAAAUAGCGCCAAGUCGAUGAGGUGUUUAGGGAUAAAGGAUUUAAUGUUGCAUUACUUGGUUGACUGAAUCCAUAUGCAGGUGCAUAGUUGUUUUAACAGGGAACAUUUUUGCACCUUCUUCUGAACCAUGAUCUCAGGGGCUGAUUCACUAUAGGUCUGCUGAAAUGCAUGUAAAAAUGUUGCUCAUACUAAAGACAACAAAGCGAUUUAUAAAGCGAGAAGACAAAGGUUUGGGUCUUCCAAGGGUGUGAAAAUUUGCAUGGCUCCCUGCUAGGCUGGAAUGAAUUAGCAUUUGGGAGGAUAAUUGAAUUACUGCACGCAGUCUGAGAUAUCAAACAAGACAGUGGUCCAAGUGUUGUGUGUACGUAAUUGCUCACACAUGGCUGCAGUGAUUUUAGUGAAGAGGCGACACAACUGUGACGUAGAGAAGCUUCAUCAUUGGGAUAGUGAUUCUCCCUUGUGGGAAAUCCCCUCUGUCAGCUCAUCUAGUUUGCUCCUGGACUCUUCUUGCUAACGUCCUUCCUUCCUUCAAUUCAUUGUGACUCCAUCAAUGUUAAGCUUCAAGCCUCUACUCUUCCAUUGUUCUCAUAAUUCAAAAUGAUCCUUGUGCCAUCAUUUGUCAUGACAAAUAUGUUGGUUUCAAAAUGCCCCUUGUGGAGCCAAUGCCCACAAAAUCUUCGGUUUUGACUUUGCAACUGAAAAUCAAAUCAUGCUCUAUAAUACAUUUCACUUCAAAAGCCUAUAAUUUCUGUUUCUGUAGAUUAUUAUGACUCCCUGACGGCAGUGAAAAGUCAACAUUUUUUAAUUCAAAAUGAACAAUCAUGCUUUAUGAAAAUCAUUUGUGGGUUGGUUACAAUCUAACCUCAAUAUAAUUUGAAGCAGAUCAUUUUAUUUAUAUAUUUUUACAAAAUAUUCAGUUGCAAAGAUGAUCACUAUGAAAAAGUAUUCUGUAUACGUGUCCUGAGACUGUCAAUGACAACAUGAAAUAGAUGAACGAAUGUGAACAUUCUUAGUUUAAAAAAAGUGCAACAUAAACAAAGGGAUAAAUCAUCACUGUUAAAGGAGACAGUUUAAAUCUUGUCACACAUAACAUCCAUUUUUAAGGGGAGAAUUCCUGGAUGAUCUAUGACCCAACACUGAGCUUGGAGUUGUUGUUUUUUUUGGAUGACAGUUCAAUGUUCUGUAACAGUCAGAAGUCCCUGUGUCUGAUUUACUAGGCUCUUGAAUAUCAGCAGAAAUAAAGAUGUCAUGUACAAAUUAACCCAAUAAAACAUGUUUUGUCUGUUUGAGAGUUUGUCACUGCCAUGAUGAUAGAGACUCAGGAAGAGUGGAUAGAAAGAACAACAUCAGAAAUGAAGCUCGGGUAUGGAGACAAAGUUU